AAGAAUUGAUCAAACAUGAGGAUUCUUUUGUGCCUAGCAGCUCUCACAGCUGUCUGCUUUGCUCAGGACGCCAAACACACUCCUCCCAAGGUCCAGGUUUACAGCCGAAACCCAGGAGAGUAUGGGAAGGAAAACGUCCUGAUUUGCCAUGUGAGUGGCUUCCACCCCCCUGACAUCACAAUCCAGCUUCUGAAGGAUGGAGUGGAACUCCCUGGCGCAAGGCAGACCGACCUGGCCUUCAAACAGGAUUGGCGCUUCCAUCUGACCAAGAAUGUGGACUUCACGCCAGUGAACGGGGAUAAGUUCGUCUGCAAGGUCACUCACGGGGAUAAGACUAAUGAUUAUGUGUGGGAGCCAAACAUGUAACUCAGCUUGUCAGCUACUGCAGCGUACAUUCAUCAUGUCUUCAAUCAACAGGAUCAGAUUCUCCCGACUUCUGACUUCUGACUUUUCUUCUCAUAAACCAAAUGUCAACACCAUAUUAAGGGAACUUAAAAAUAAAUUUUCAUUUACUAUGUUAAUAUAAGAAAGUGCGCGGGCUGCAGGUCUUUGAGACAUUUGUAUUUAGCAUUUCGCUUGUGUGUUAGGUAGAUUGUUUGCAACUUAUUUUCCAGCCUUUUAUACUGAAAAGUGUAUGAUUUAAUUGAAUUGUUUCUGUUUGUUUCUGUACACAAACUGUUAUUUUUUUAGUUUUAAUGACAAUCGAUUUCUUUUACCUGAAUGAGGCAAUCAAAUUGUAAUUGGUCAAAUCAAUAAUACGUGAAUGGGGUGUGCUUUCUUGAUUUGUUAUUUAAGAUUAUUUGUUAACACCCAUUAAAUAAAUGCCUCUUGAAAAAUCUUCAGUCUUUUUUUAAACAACCUUCCUUAUUCCAGGGAUAUUGAUCAAUAUGUUUGCUUUUUGACUUUAUGAAGCCAAUGGUAACUUCAGGUGGACAAAGAAGGAACUCAAUAUAAUGUGUAGACAUUUAACCCAUACAUACUGUUCAUAUUCUAUACAUUCACAGUAUGAAAGACUAAAGAAUACCUUCAAGUGGAACACAGAUGAAUUUAGAAUGCAUAAAUCUGCCAUUAAUAAAUGGGUGAUUAAUCCUUAA